UUCUCAGCAAGCUUUGUAAGGAUUGGGACUGUCCGUGUGUGUGUGUGUGUGUGCGUGCGUGUGCUUAAAGAGACUUUACCAUUCACACCUAUUCCCAAACACUUCAGUGCUGUUUAACUUUGUACAACUUCUGGACAAAAACACCUUCUCUCAGAGGGGUUGAUCUUAGAGCCGUAUCAGCAGCUGGUGUGAUCUCUGUUAUUUCCACCAGUGUGAAGCAACAAGAAGAGGACAACUAGACGCAGAAAAGAAGCAAACAUGUCCCACACUCUGCUGAGGAGGAAUUCCAGCAAACAAGGUUUGCAAAAUCUAAUGAGACUCACCGCUCAGAGGAGUAUUGAGGAUGCUGAAGAAGUGGAGCGGGAACGUCGCCGAAAGGCACGAGAAUCUUUCCGUCGACAGAACAACAGCUCAACGCCGGAAGAUUGGUCACCAGAGGACAGCAGCAUGUAUGAUUGUCAAAGGAAGCCCAGCAGUUCUCCUUCUCUUGAGGAGGAUGAGGGUUUUAGUGACUGGACUCAGCGCAGAGAAAAACAAAGACAGCAGCGACCGCAGGAGCUCAGUCAGGAUGGAGAAAAAGAGGAGGAAGAAGAAAAUGUCUUUAUGAAGAACAAUUUAGCCAAAAAGGCUGCUCACACUGCUUCGAGUCCAGUUCAAAUACAAGAUCAGGAAGAUACUGACAGCAUCAUUGAACAAGAGGUUAAGAGAGUGAAGGAGAGGGAGGAAAUGAAGAAGGACAAAGUGCUGCUUUCCACCAAACAAGAGACUCAAAGGCCAAAUACAGAGGAAGCGAGAAAGAAAGAAUCUAAAGUGUCCUACACGUCCAAAGUUUUCCUGUGUCAGAAGCCAAAACACAACAGCCUGAAGCCUGGCACUGCCGACCAGGAAGUGACGUCAGUCAUGAAUCAGAAGAGCAGAUCUAGCAGACAAUCUGUGGAGUCCGAGGAGCCGAAGCCCUUCCUGGAGGCGGAGCAGAGACUGGAGAGGAUCCGCCUGAGCAUGCAGGAGAAGGAAAGUCAGGAGCUGGAGCACAUCAGACACAGGCAGUUUGAGGCUGAGCAGGAGCUGGAAGAGCUGAAGAGGAGACGGGAAGAGAGACGGCAAGCUCGAAAGGAAGAGGAGCGCCAGAGGGAGGACGAGGAAAAGCAGCAGCUGGCUGCUGAGGAGGAGGAAAGAACAAAGAUGAGGGAAGACAUGGAGCGGAGGAGGAUGGAAGCAGCAGAAAGGAUGAAGAGCCUCAGAACGUCCAGUGCAGAAGGAGAGGAGGCGUUCAGUCCCAAAGUUUCAACACUCAAGAUCACAGAAAGAACCAACUCCCUGAAUCGUUCGCUGAAGAAAAGCAACAGUUUCAAGAAGACUCAGCCUCCCUUCCUCCUGACCAGGAUCGAUGAUAAGAUGGAGCAGUACACUCACGCUGUGGAGGUCAGCAUCCCACAUGUGUCCAGCAUUAAACAAAAAAAAACCUCCCAGGACUCGCGGGCACUGAAGGCUUCGCUCUCUGACCUUCCCAACUCCCCAGAGGUCGUUGCCUCCAAGAAGAAUCUGUUUGAGGCUGGAGAGGCCUGGAGCCUGAACAAAGGAGCAAGAUGCAGGGACACUGGCAGUCUGAAAGUGGGCGUGGCCAGCCUGAUCAGACACUGGGUGAAAGGCCCCUCAGGGCCCAGCAGCAAACAGUCCCCAUCCCGACCGUCUGAUGUGACAUCUGGAGGCGUGCUGCAGAAGAAGAACAUGUGGGAAAUAUGUGGAGACCCAUCAGGGAGGAGUGAACAGAAAGCAAAGCCAACACCACAUGGGAAAAAACAUACAUUUAUUGUCACUGGUCAUGGAAAAUAUGAGAAGAUCUCUGUAGAUGAAUGUGGAGACUUCAGUCAAAGUGCCGGUUUGUGUUACAGUGAUUGCUGAGGAAGCAUUUCCUCUCCUGUUGCCUUCAUGAUGUUGCAACACCUGACAUGCUGAUGCAGAAACUCUGCAACAGGAAAGUCUGUAUUUUUUCUGACCAGCUCUAGAGGAAAUGCACAUACAGCCCCAGAAAUAGAUAUGUACCCUCGGCAGUUUUAGGCUCAGUAAUUUUUUGAAAUUUAUGUUUCAUUAAAAUCCCAGUAUGUUGAAAAUGCAAACCUUUCUCAAUAAACAAUGGAAAAUUAUUUUGUUGACAAUCACACUGUUCAUUCCAAUUGAUGAGAAGCUUUUCCCACCUUUCCACUGAUUUGUUGCUGACCUAUUCUCCAAGUCCUUAAGCUUGGAUGCCCUCCAUCACCCUAAACUUAAGUUUCACCCGUGGAUUCUCAAUCAUAUUCAUGUUGGUAUGCUUGCUGCAACCUCCAAGAAUAUUAAUGCUUCCAGUGUAGAGAAAGACUUUCAGAAAUCUGUCAGCAGUAUGAAUAAUUUUGGGCUCAAUUGUACAAGUUAAAAAUGAAAGCCCACAAAAAAUAUCUGAUGGUUUUAGUUGUGUGAUACUCUUUAUAUCUUCCUGCUUUCUGUUUUUACCAUUAUGAGUCUAAAUGUGAGUUAGUUUUCAGUUUGCUCCUGUUCAAGACGAUCACUUGUAAAAUGUACAAUUUGAAUCAUCUCGAGUAAAUGGAUCACAUCAAUGUUUGACCUGUUUAACAUUGAUGUUAAACAGGUCACCUGUUUUAGCUUGAGGACAAUCAAAACUGCAAAAGCUCUGAGCACCAGCCGCGGCUAAAAGCAGACUUUAGAUGUAAUAAAAACACACAAGCAUUUUACUCUCUGACAUUAAAUCUGAAGAAAUGUUUUGUUAUUUCGGCCACUUGGGAUUACCAAAACUAUUUCUGGUUGAUAGAUUCCGAAAACAUAAUGUAAACAUUUAUUUUUACAACUUUCAUCUAAUUCAGACAGUUUUUUCCAACUGUAUGAGUUAUGUAAUAUUGGGCGUCCUUCCAGAAGCUUCUCACCAAAAUUUACUAGAAUUUUAUUUGGAAUUUUUUGUGCUGGAACCAUUUUUAUUUUGAUAUUUUUAAAGUAAGUUCUUUAUUGCUGCUAUUAAAUAAUUAGCAACAUUUUAUGGCAUUGUAACUUACUUAUGUAACAUCACAUAAAAAUCUAAAUAGGAAGAGAAUUGUGGACCUCCACUAUCUCGUUUAUCCUUGGGAACAAUCUCCAGAUGCAUGAGCAUCUGCAUUUUUAACAUUCAAAUGUUAAAAUAAUCAUAUGUAAGCAUCAACACCACAGUAAUUUCCAGCUGUCUGAACAAACCAGUGAGAGUGAAGACAGCUCUGUAAUGUCACUCAGCCAAGAGGAGUCAGAUAACAGUUUUCAAACUCUGUCUGAUAAACCUAAAAUGAAACUGGGUUUGUAAAAUUGUCAUAAUUACAAUUUGGAGUAAAAAUGGCAAAAUCUGUAAAACUGAGAACAACAUAUCAACUAUGAUGUAAGAGGUUGACGUCAAUAUCGUGUGCAUUUUGGGGGAAUGAUGAUCAAAAGUUGGCAUCACAAGAAAAGAAGAGUACUUUAAACAAUUAACAUCUCACCUCCAGACAAGAGCAAGGAAGUUAAACCUGCAAACAAAAUAGUUUUUUAAGUGGACAAUGAACCCAGUCAUACCAUUUAUGUACUGGUUAUAAAGUGCGUUAAAUACAUAUAGAAAAAUAGCCAUUUCAAACUCCCUCAAACCUUUUACCACCUUUCCAUAGCAGGUCUGCUAUGUGGAAGACCCAAACCGACCCAACUCAUCCAGUUCAAAUUUUGAUAUAAAGGUGAACAUGUAAACGGCUGAAUUUGAAGAAAUUUACAGAAUAUCUCUGACUCAUUUUCUGGCUUUUAGAAGUAGUUAAUGAUGUAAUCCUAAUUAUCCUAAAACAAGUUUUUAGUUUGGUUUAACUUUGGUAAAGGGUGUGGGACUUUUUUUGACACCAGAUGUACAGCUAAACCCAAAAUUAUUCAUACCCCAGAUACGAUCAGACAUAACAUUUAUUUCAUUCUACCAGAAAGUCUAUCUGUCUGAAAUUAUGAAAAAAUAAAAUAAUUCAAAGAUUUUCAUGGAAAAAAAUUGCUUGUUUUCUGAUUGUUGAUCAAUUUUGUUGAAUCAUUUUUGGUGAUUUGUCUUUGAUCAUGUGCUCCAAGCCUUUAAAUUCUUUGCCGUCACCAUAAUUUGACGGGAAAUAUUCUCUAUUAGAUUCAAAUCAGGAUGUUCCCUCUUCAUAACCCAUGUUACAAUGUCUUUCAGUCAAAAUUGACAUGAUGCUGAAAUCAAAAGGUUGAUUUAAACUUUAAACUUACAAAGUCAUGAAUACUUUUUGGUUUAGCUAUAAAAAUCUGUUGUAAUUAUAAAUAUUAUACAGUGCAUAAUGGUGAGAAUUGUGGUGGACAUUUGCUUAUUGAAAUUCGACUUUGUGAUAUUUAGCUUAAUAGUCACACCUCUGAACACUGUGUGCUUUAGUUGAUACAUUUCUGCUUCUGCCUCAAAAUGCUUUUACUUUUAUUUUUUGCUUCUAUUUAUAUGCCACCUUGAAAAUAUGAAAUAAAAUCAGUAUCUGUU